AGAAGGGCUGGGUAAAUCAGUAAGUGUAGGAGUUAGGACGACAUUGGUCCAGUUAGGUUUUUUUGGACUUUUACACGAUGGCGGCCGCCGAUGCAACAACCGAUGAUUCGUUGUAUCCUAUAGCUGUUUUGAUUGAUGAGUUACGGAAUGAAGAUGUCCAGCUUCGACUCAACUCCAUCAAGAAGUUAUCAACUAUAGCUUUGGCAUUGGGCAUUGAAAGAACUCGCAGCGAGUUGAUACCUUUCCUCACAGAUACAAUCUAUGAUGAAGAUGAAGUGCUAUUGGCAUUAGCGGAACAACUGGGAGCUCUUACUCCAUUAGUUGGCGGUCCAGAGUUUGUUCAUUGUCUUCUUCCUCCAUUGGAAUCUUUGGCCACUGUUGAAGAAACAGUUGUUCGCGAUAAAGCUGUUGAGUCCCUUCGUCUUAUAUCAGAACAGCAUAGUCCUUCAGACCUGGAAACAUACUUUGUUCCAUUAUUGAGAAGACUUGCAUCUGGGGAUUGGUUCACGUCACGGACAUCGGCAUGCGGACUUUUCAGCGUUGCGUAUUCCAAAGUGUCGCAUAAUGUAAAAGGAGAACUAAGGGCAACGUUUCGUAUGCUUUGUCAAGACGAUACUCCUAUGGUGCGUCGUGCUGCAGCGUCUAAACUUGGAGAGUUUGCUCGCGUUGUAGAAGUCGAAUGGUUAAAGGCCGAUUUGAUUCCCAUGUUCGUCCUCUUGGCGCAAGAUGAGCAGGAUUCCGUGAGACUUUUGGCAGUUGAAGCUUGCGUGUCUAUGGCCGAGCUCCUUCAGCAAGAGGAUGUCGAACAGCUUGUGAUGCCAACUCUUAGACAGUGUGCCGAAGACAAAUCAUGGCGUGUACGUUAUAUGGUGGCUGAUAAGUUCACCGAAUUACAAAAAGCUGUUGGCCCGGAAAUUUCCAAACAAGAUUUGGUGUCCGCAUUCCAAGCGCUGCUGAAAGAUCCCGAAGCCGAGGUAAGAGCCGCAGCUGCUCAUAAGGUGCGGGAUUUCUGCCAAGCCCUAGAUCCCGCUUUCCGAGAAAAUCUUAUCAUGAACCAGAUUUUGCCGUGUGUCAAAGAGUUAGUCUCAGAUGCUAAUCAACAUGUCAAAUCGGCCCUGGCUGCUGUUAUUAUGGGUCUUAGUCCUAUUUUAGGCAAAGACAACACUGUUGAGCAUCUUUUACCGUUGUUCUUGACCCAACUAAAAGAUGAAUGUCCUGAAGUUCGAUUAAAUAUUAUCUCGAAUCUGGAUUGCGUUAAUAGUGUUAUUGGGAUUCAGCAGUUAUCGCAGUCGCUUCUUCCGGCGAUCGUUGAAUUAGCUGAAGAUUCCAAAUGGAGAGUACGUUUGGCCAUCAUCGAGUAUAUGCCUUUGUUGGCCGGUCAACUGGGAGUAGAAUUCUUCGACGAGAAAUUGAACACGCUUUGUAUGGCUUGGUUAGUUGAUCAUGUUUAUGCUAUCCGUGAAGCUGCCACGAACAACUUGAAGAAACUAGUAGAGAAGUUUGGUGUUGAAUGGGCCCAGAGUACCGUAAUUCCGAAAGUAUUGGCAAUGGCACGAGAUCAGAAUUAUCUUCAUCGUAUGACGUGUUUAUUUUGCAUCAACGUUUUGUCGGAAGCAUGUGGACCAGAUGUGACUGGCAAAGUACUGCUUCCAACGGUUAUUUCUAUGGCGAAUGAUAACGUAGCGAAUGUUCGUUUUAACGUCGCAAAGUCAUUGCAGAAAUUAACACCUCGAAUGGAAGCACAGGCAACCCAUAGUGCUAUUAAACCCGUGCUCGAUAAAUUAAUCACAGAUACCGAUGUCGAUGUGAAAUAUUUUGCAUCCGAAGCUCUUGCAGUUCUCUCCGGCUGAAAAUCAACAAAACAUCCAUCGGUGAAGAUCUAUAGAUGUGACCUGCUGUCCCUCUAAUUUCUCCUCUCUUAAUACUUCUAUUUCAUCCCCCGAAUUUCUACUAUUGGCAAGUCCCUAUUCUUUAUGUAGUACCACUAUCAUCAUUGACUUUAUCACUGAACCCUUCGUUUCAUGGGAUAUCGAUUAGGACAGACACACACUCGCUACUCACCUUCAGCGACAUACUUGUUUCGCAUUUUUUUCGAAGUCCUUAUCCCAACCGGAUGUUUAAUGUAGCUGUUCAAAUGUAACCCCUUCCCCUCCAUCAUUUAAAUUGAAAAUACAAAGCAACGUUUUUUGUUCAUA